CCCUCCCGGACACGGAUGUUGGAAGGGACGAUCUCCACCGCUCCCUUCCAACCCCGGCGAUUCCGUGACGAGCACGCAGACCUCGGGACCCGCAAACAGGAACACGACCCGCAGGUUCGGCUCUUUAACCCCAAGCUCAGCGCUGCUCCCGGCGGGGAGGAGCCGCCGGGCGCUCCCGGGCCCGGCCCAGCCGCGCUGCCGCGGCCCCACACGGCGGGCGGGCCCCGCUCCGGCCCCUCCUCAGGUGCGGCCCCGCCCGGCCCGGGCCCGGAAGCGCCGGGCGGCGGAGCGGGGGCGAUGGCGGGCGCGGGGCCGCCGCUGCCUCUGCUGCCGUUCCUCCUGCCGCUCCUGCUGCCCCGGCCGCCCGCCGCCGCGGCCCUGCGGCUGCUGCUGGACGCCGAGCCGCCCUUCACCUGCUCGCAGCCGGAUUUAAACUGUCUCGUAAGAAAUAGCACCUGCAUGGAGCCGAGCUGGCUGAAGGUCACUGCCUGGACUCCCUCUGCUCCCAGCAGUCUCCACGUUUCUUCUGAUGUUUUCCGUAAGGAGGAUGGAAAACUGGUCCCUGUGCUUCAGAUAGAGUGGAAAGUGGCCACGGAUGCCAGCAUCCGCUGUCUGGAAGGGGCCGAGCUCGCCGUCAUGCAGGUGAACAGCAAUCAGCAGAUCUGUGCCCAGUUUGACUUCCAGAACAACCUGCCCCUUCAGGUCCGUCCAGAUGGAGGCCGGUGGAAUUUCACUUUUGACCGUUUUGAAGUAGAACCUGGUCAGACUUACCAAGUGACUGUGUAUCACCUGCCCAAACUGGGUGUAAAUGGAGACUACAAUUGCAAGUCCACGUCCCUCACAAUGCCUGACUGCAGUGAUUCUCUGAUGAAAAGAACCAUCCCAUGCAUAAAAACAGGCAGCUUGUGGGAACCCAGGAUCCAUGGUGAAAGUCUGGAUGACACCACUCUGCUGGUGAGAUUCCACCCAUGGAUGGAGCCAGCCCGGUACCAAAUCCACGUGACCAGUUACCUGAAUGACAAGAGGUGUAAAAUGAUCACACAGGAUUUCACUGAGGAGGGACUACAACAGCAAGUGAAUGUCACAAUCAAAAUAGAGAAGAACAUAAAAGCUUGCUGCAGAUACAAAGUACAGAUUCAGCCAUUCUUUGCAAACUGUGGCACAGACUGUCUGAGACACGCUGCUUUCAUCCCAUGUGAUCCAGUUCCAAGUACAGAGCCAUCGGAUGACAUGAUGAUAUGGCUCUACUGGUGUAUCACUGGGAUCUCUGUGUUGCUGGUGGGGUCAGUCAUAACAGCUGUGCUGUGUAUGACUAAAAGACGAGCAGGGCGCCGGCGAGGGAAAUGCAACCACGACGAUUUGCAGGCUGCACCGUACACCGAGCUGGCCCUGCCGCCCCUGAAGCUGCGGAAGGUUUGGAUUGUGUACUCUGCUGAUCACCUGCUCUACGUGGACGUGGUGCUGAAGUUUGCUGAGUUCCUGAUGACAGUCUGUGGCACUGCUGUGGCCUUGGAUCUGCUGGAGGACCACCACAUCUCGGAGCUGGGGCCCUUGCCCUGGCUCACGAAGCAGAAGAAGGAAAUGGAGGAGCUGUCUUCAAAGAUCAUCAUCUUGUGUUCCCGGGGCACCCAGGCCAAAUGGCAGGCCAUGCUCGGCAGUGAGCCCGUGUGUCUCAAGCAAGAUCAGCAAAAGCCAGUGGGAGACCUGUUCACCCCAGCCUUGAAUCUGAUCCUGCCAGAUUUCAAGAAGCCAGCCUGUUUUGGAAUGUACAUAGUUUGCUACUUCGAGGGAAUAAGUAGUGAGAGAGAUAUACCUGAUCUGUUCAAUGUCACAUCCAGAUACCAGCUGAUGGACAAGUUUGAGGAUAUUUAUUUUCGGAUUCAGGAUCUGGAGAAGUUUGAGCCUGGGCGGAUCCAUCGAAUCCAGGAAAUCACAGCUGAAAAUUACAUCGAUACCCCCAGUGGGAGGAAGUUGAAAGAGGCCAUAGAGAAGUUCAAGAAUUGGCAGACUGAGCACCCAGACUGGUUUGAGAGUGAAACCAUCUGUUUGGAUAGCGAUGAAGAGCUGCAUUCCCUGAACAGAGAGAGCCAGGUGGAUUCACUGCUGAGUGAGCCAGGUGGAAUUGUGAAACACCAGCUGCACCUACGUGAGCCUGACCCCAGCUGCUGUUACACCAUCGACCUCCACGUACACGAAGGUGAAAGUACAGGCUGCCAGCUGCAGCCUCAGCUUAAUCCAUGUGGGCAUCCAAAUUCCCAGACUGUGGUCCUUCCUAUGGAUGUUCCUCCAGUUCAGGUAGUGGAGCCAGUCUCUUCCGUGGAAGACAGAAAUAUACUCAGUCACCAUGUGCUGAGCAAUGAGGACUGUAUGGAAGGAGUUCCCCUUCUGGAGAGCAGCUUUCCAAUGAGGAAUAACGUCAUCCUCCACGACGGCUCUGAAGCUUCAGUAGCUGACCAGAGCCCUGCAAACUUGUCAGAUGACCUGAGUGACCACCUGAACGGACUCAUGUACCCCCUUUAUCAGCAGGGUGUCAUUCCUUCAGAGCCAUGUCUCUGCCAGGGGGAGGCUGACACGCAGCACCAGCUGGUCUUUGAUGAGCACUGCAAAGACCAGAGACAGUCAGUGCAGUCAGACCAGGGCUACAUCUCCAGGUGCUCCCCUCUGCCUCCUGAGGACCUUCUGGAGGAGGAGGAGGAAGAGGAGGAGGAUCAGGAACAGCAGGGGGGCUUCCAUGAGCUCUCUCCAGAGGUUUUGAGCAGUCUGAAGAGCCUCCAGAAGCAGCUGUUUUUCCAGGACAUCCAGAGGUGCUCUAGCUGGAGCUACCCAGCAGAGGUGAUGGACAUGGACCAAUCUUUGGAGGACUGUUAGGCUCUGCCUGGGACCUGCCCUGUUUGAAAUGCAGGGAUGGAAGGUGGUGCCAUGCAGAGCAGUACUGAGACUGCAUUUCCAGCACUGUCCUCAUCCUUGUAUUGUAAAGGGCUUAGUGCUGGCACUUUCCUGUGCUGCUGGGGUGCAGCAGUGCCCAGCAGAUGUGGAAUGUUGCUUCCAGUCUCUGUGGAGAGAAGCCAGGAGUAGUGGCCACCCCUGUGAAAGAACAGACAGUGUUUCUGUUCCUUGGGGAAAAGCAUGACACUGAAUUCUCACUGAUGGAUGGCAGAAAAAUUACUGUGGCUCAUCCACUCGUGCCUUCAAAAUGCCCUCCAGCUGUGCUGAUUCUAUUGCACUGGAUAAAAGUCACAGGCAUGGUUUAGAAAAUAGGUUUAGAUAACAUGGUGACACUUGCAUUGCCAUUUUAAUACACAUUUUGAACAUUUCCUUGUAAAUAGUGUAUUAAAGAUGUGUGCCUUAAAUUUCAGCUAGAUUAGGGCUGUCUCUACCUGGUUGAUAAAUGUGCCUAAAGAUUUUUUUUCCCCACUCAUCAUUCACUUGCAGCUGUAUUUCCAUGGUUGUUUGGAAAUCAAGUGGAAUAGCUGAGAAUAAGUGGGAUAGAUGUUUAAAUUGAGAGUCUCCAUAACUCUUCCUGACUCUCUACUGGGAGAGAGCAACAGCAGUGGAGGGGGAAGAGGAGACCAAGAAAUGGAAUUUGGGAUUUUUUUACAGUUUUAAGAGAUGUGGGGCUGAAUACAGAAUCACAGAAUCAGGAAAAUCUGAUGUAUUCUGUGACACACUGCUGCAGUGCUAUUUGCUUUUGCAUAGCUUAGCACCAGGAAGAUGUGAACUGAAGAUAUAGAUAGUGACACACAAGGAAAUAAAGGACUAUUUUGGAGGAGGAAAAAGUGUAGCCUCAGCAGAUGCUGCUUUAGAGUGGAAAUUAUAUCUGAGUUAAGGGAGGCCAAGCAAAAACAACUGUAAGAUGUGUGGAUUUAAGCUGAAGCACAGGUAGUUAAGGUUAACCACAGUGAAAUACUGAACAGACUGAGGGAUUCAUCUUCCAGGAGCAGUGAUGGUGAGGCUGACAUUGACCCUGUUUCUUAUCCCUGUUUCUGCAGCCCACUGGAUAACAGCCUGUGAGAUGUAAAUACAUCCAGGCCUUUCUCCUUUGUCAUCUUCCCAUCCAUCUAAGUUUACUUGUUAAAAAAUCCUUUAUCUCAGCUUUUUAAAAAACUUAAUGUCUCAGAAAAUAGUCUAUUCUUUUCUAUUUUGUAUUGUGUGUAUUUUAUAGUUUUGUGUCUAACCUGUGGGGUUUUUUUUCCUUAAAUUAAAAAUGAAGAAUAGUUUUUUGGAUAUAUUCACUUAACUACUUCUGUGUCCUCAAUUCUGCCUAACUCCUUAUGUUGAGUUGUGUUAAGUUCUUAGUAUUUGUUACAGAAAUCUGAGGCAAAACUGAGCCAGAACUGAACUAGCUCAUGAAUGUCAAAAUAUUCCUGCAAAGCACAGUAUGGAGAUGAGCUGGACAGAGCUGAGGGCCUGCAGCCAUGGGAAGCAUCCCUCCAUCCCUUCAAAAGGAGUGGUAAAGGAAUUGUUUGUAAUUUCCAGUUUCCAUGCAGGACUCUUAGGACAGCUUAGUGACAAAGGGACAUUCCCUGCAGAGAUCCAGACUUAAGUCUGGGACCUUCCUGCUCCAACAGGAAUCCAAUCUAACCCAACAGGAGCUAAGCAAGAGGCAGCUGUGAUCUCAGUGCUUCUCCAGUGAGGGCCCAUUUCCCAGAUUAUGUCAGUAAUUGCCAUCCUGAUGAUCCCACUUCUAAAAGUUUCUUUUAUCUUACAGCAAUUAGCAUGUAAAUCUGAUUUUUUUUCCUCAUGAGUCUUUUUCAAGUGGUAAAAAUUCCUAUAAAUCACUUAAAUAGGAAGCUCAGAAGUGUCAUCUGAAUUUCCUUGCCUUAGUCAUUCCCUUCUCAAAUAACUCCCUUGGUGUUACAGCUCUUAGAAUUUGCUUUCACUUACAAAAAGUUUGUUUGAAGGGAAAACCCAGACCCUAUUUUAGCAAUCCAGUAUGAGGAAAACAAGUAACUUUAACGCAUCUGUUGGUCCCUAUUCAAUACAAAAUUGAACAGCCCAGCACGAAUCAAAGGAGGGAAAAAAGGAACAGAAUCAGUCACAAGUUUCUAAUUUUAUUUUAACAAUCUUGCUUUUUAAAAAAUACAAGUUCUGAUUAAUGCCAGGGGGAUGCCAAGUGUCCAUCAGCCACAGGCCUUAUCUCUCACUUCCAUUUCCCCUCCUGGGAGUAGUCAUCUGUUUUGUUAGGGUAGCAAACAAAGAGCAGUAAAAUGCUAAAUAACUGAAUUGUGUAACAGAAUCCCAAGGGACCUGUGUCUUAGUAUGGCACAAAUUCGUUCAGCAAAGUGUCACUGACCUGGACCAGUAAUUUCAUGUUGGCACAAUGUACAGGAGUUGUGCAAGGUGCAUCAGGAGAGGUAUUGUUUGCACUGCCUGGUACCACCUGCUCUCUUCUGCAAACAGAAAGGUUUAAGUGGAAGCAAGAGCUCAGUUACCAAAGAGGAGGGAAUUCAAGAGGAGGAGCAGGAUUAUAAACAAGACAUUGAAGAUCUCUAAAUGUUUUUUUUUUUCAUAGUAAGUAAUUGCAGGAGCAGCAGAACUGCCCUUUUAGCUGCAAGGGGGCUUCUGUAUAGGCAACUACAAGAGCUUUACACUCUCCAAACAGCACAUUUCCUAACAACCUAGAAACCAUGGCACCACAAAGAACAACUUUUUCUACAAAGGAAUUCUAUGCAACACAAGUGUCAUUUUGCAGGGUCCUGUGUCCCGAGCAACCUUUUCAUCCAUGGAAAAAUCUGAACUGUGAGUUCACUGCUAAUGGGUUAAAUAUGCCAUGGCCUGAUAAAUUUCAAAUAUGCCAUUUUUCUCAAUAACAUCCUAACUGGAAAAAGGCACUCACUUUUGAAACAGCAACUUUGUUAUGGGCUAUGAAGGGGUACUGAAGUAAGACUCAUUAAUAACUGUGCUGUGAUUCUUUUGAUGUCUCUACUAUGCUCAUGCUUCAGUGUGUUAGGGAUUAGCACUUUGGUGCUAUUGGGAACUUGGCCAUAGGAGCAGCCAAACAUAUUUGAUGAUGAAAAUAAUUUUUUUUUUCCUUCAGCUUGUUUUUGGCAAAGUUGAUUGGGGAUUUUUUUUUUCCUUCAGCUGUUUGACUGAAGAAUGGAGUAGUCCUAGGUUCAGGUAUCACCUUAUUCUCUCUUGAAUAAUUAUUUCUGAGCUUCUACUAUCUAUUUAAUGCUGAAAAAGGAAGGUGCAAGGAAACAAGUAUCUGUACAAGCAUAAUACGCCUGUAAUUACACCUCCUUUGGCCAGGAACUUAGCAUCCCCUCAACACAUUUCACAUCACAUAGGAAAAUUCACAGUACCAAGUUUUACAAUCACAGUCACUCACAGCACCAAGAUUGUCCAGACAAGAAGAAGUUACCGAAGAGAAAGGCCACUGGCCAAAAUUCACACAACUGCCCGUGUAAGGGCUCAGGUUAAAAAUAAAGCACUGGUGGGAAAGGUAAGCCUAGCUUUUGCCAGCUCUCUGUUUGGCACGAGGAGAGCAGCGAGUCACCCAUCCUAGCUGCACUUCUGAACAGAACAGCACUAUUGACCCAUCUUUUCUAGGGGCUUCUCCAGCCCCUCAAAACCCAUCAGCCCCACCGAGAGCUGGGGGAGAAGAGCCCCAUGGCAGCCCCACUUCUGCCUCUGGGAGCUGGAAGUUACCAGACUGUAAACAUUUUGUUGUAGCAGUCCACCGGAGCAGGCAGUUGAUCCCACUCUGUGACAAGGAAGGUGGGACAGGGGCUCUGAAGCCCGAGCCCUGAAAGAAAGAAUGAACGUGUGUGCGGAAAAAGUCUGGGCUGCACCUGCAGUCCUGCUGUGGGUAGCAGUUGGUUGUGCUUUAUUUCCCCUUCCCAUCAGGACAGCUUGAAAAAAAGAAAAAAAAAAUUUAAAAA